UUUUCACAAGAGCCACUCAAAUGUAUACACAUUAAAUGUAGUUAUUAUUAUAUGUAACCAUGAAUGGUUUCUAGUUCGGAGUUUGCAAAAAAGUUAUUGCAUUAACGUAGUUGCACCGUUGACAUUAUUCCUGAUGUCGACUGUUUUUAAAUAUCGGCCUUCAUUGCUUUACACAUCGGUACUUUGGGAUUCAAUAAAUCCCAUAAGAAGAUGUGUAAGUGGUAUUCGUGUUCGCCGUUACCAUACAAUGUGCCACGAUUACAGUUGCACGGAUGGCGGUAACAAUAGGAAUGGUUUCACUAGUUGGUUCCAACGUGCUGGUUUCUUCAUGUCAACACGAAGUUCUUCGGAGGGUGAAGUAUCUCGUCAAGUAGAAGCCCAUAUUAUCGCGAAUAGUAUAAAUAUUGAUUCUUUAGUGAAAGCACUAACUGCUAUAGAUGCUGUUAUUGAGAUGCGAGAAGAUGUCGCACUAAUACAUUCAUGCGAAACUCUUGAACACAGAUCUGGUUUAGUAUUGGUCAGCAAGAAUGGAUCAAUAGUUCUAUGGCACUCGGCAACAGCAGCAUUUGGGCGAUACCGUGAAAUGCUAGAACGUUUUAUCCAGGAACCAUUAAAUAUGCGUCCUGAGAUUGUUACCGAUUUUAGUGAGCAUAUAAAUGUGUCAUGUGACGGCACCAGUAUUCUACCCAGGUCAAUCCCACAAAAACACCUAGAUUCGUCUGUUGAUACACAGGUUGCGGUAUCUAUGGCAUUGAUGACAGCUGUUAAGCUAAAUAGUGUUGAAUAUGAAAUUCGCCAAAAGAUUAUGGUUAACAACGGCAUAUUAGAGCAGCUGCGAUGUGAUCUAUCAGGUCGCAAUUUGGACCGAUUAACAAAGCGUUUGUUUGAGUUUCAGGCGUACGCUCACGGUAUGCGCUAUAGGCUCAACCUAGAGCAAGAUCUUCUUGACAUACCAAACAGCCUAUGGGAUUCCGAACAACUUCGCUCAUUAUUUGCUGAUAUCCAGGGCUUAUUUGCAGUAUCAUCCCGGCUUGAAAAGCUAAACCACCGUAUAUCAUGGGAGCUUGAAUCAUUGGACUCGCAUUCUGAGUACGCUCGUCAUCAGCACGCAUCACGGUUAGAGAAGAUUAUCAUAUGCCUUAUAACAGUAGAGAUCGUUCUUGGUCUUGGUCAUAUAGCAUUUAAUCCGUCAAGACGUCGGGAAAAGAAUUCCGAUAAAUCAGAUCAAAAGGCGCUUUAAC